UUUAUGUUGGUGAUGAAACAGGUAAUCGCAGUCCACUUUAACGACAAGUUUUUUUAUGAACAUAACCAUCGAAAAUUCUCCCGAGUGACAAUAUUCUAUGAACAUAACCCAACACUUCAAGUAACAUAACGUGCGAUCAAAAAUAAAACACCUCUAGUUACUAUUCGAUGCGCAAAUGUUUUUUGAACGUAUCGCGUAGCUGACAUCAUCAGAGAGGGUUUGUAUUAUAUACCUAAUAUGGUUUGUAUAUGUGUAGUGUUCCUCUACAGGAACACUAUAUAUGCGAUACAAAACUCGAUCUAUCGAUCUAACCGGAAAUGAUUCUUACGACGGUAGCUAGAGCGGCUGGCAGAAUAGAAGAUGACAUGGGCGGAGCUUAGGGUGCGCGGCUUCAAGUCACCAGUGUCGUACCAUCAUACAACAUUUCUUAUUUUUUUUAUGAAUUAUUUUUUAUUUGAUUAAUUAAAUUUGUCUUUAAAAAUACUGUUUUAGUUAUUAUAAAAAAAUACACUGGAAAACACAAAGCAACUCGAGAACACACCAACCGCUCGUAGGAAAAAACCUAAUCAACAACGAGUAGACGCGCGCCACUGUGUUUUAAAUGUAUCUCCCCCUUCAGCUCACAAUGGACUCGACCAGAACGAAAUUGUGCGAUCUGCGCUGGUCACGUGCUGUCAUCUUUCCGUUUGCUAGCCGCUCUACGCCAUACGUUCAGAAAACAUUUGAGCAUCGAGAAGCAACUGGACGCGUUUUUUAUUUGAUCACUCGUUACGUUCUCAUUUUUAAUUCUUCGAUUAAUCUGAAAUGUCCGAAUCAUUUAAAAAUUCGUACUUUUAUUCUUUACCCAAUGAAAUUUUAAUAAAAAUACUGAGUGGCAUCAACGCGAUUACUUUGUUAAAUUUUUGUGACGCUUACCAGUGUGAUUAUUUUUUGCAAGACAGAAAUGUUAUCAGAAAAAUCGAUCUGUCUAAAAGAUACGAAUUGGAAGAUUUGUCUCAAAUAUCGAAGAAAAUUGCCUUCGAGUGCGUCACCACGCUCAAUAUUAACUGCAUAUAUUGGAUCCCAGCCGACAAAUUACGUAGAUUUGUGACAAGAAUGGUGAAUUUAGAAGUUCUAUAUGCCAUUCAGACAACCUUGAGUUUGGCGUCUCUAGAUACUGAGGAUUUUAGUAAAUUAAAGAUUAAAAAAUUAGGAAUAUCGGUGAACGACGAUCACGAAUUACAUCGUCAUAGAAUGCCGACGGUUGAAACUCUCUACAUUAGCUUUGCCAGAUUGACAUAUUUCGUUCAUCGUGAUAUUUUUAAGACGAUUUUUCCACAACUGAGAAAACUUUGGAUAGAUGCGGAACCGCCUGGACAAGAAUUUUUCCCCUUUUGUUUCGAUGUUGGAAGGAAAAGUAAGAUUUUUUGUCAAGUGCGUGCACCACAUUUUAUUUCUUUUAAUGAGCAUUUGCUGACUACGUAUUAUGAUAACAGGCCUCGUCAGCCAUGUGUGACGUGUUAUGGAAAAAUGAGUACUAAGAUGUUUAAAAUUGUAAGUAGGUCAGGAAGUUGGGCAGUUCUAGAUGAGUUAUUUUACGCUACACCAUAUGGUCCGAAAGACGCACGUCGUUUAUUUUUGAACGAAUGUACUCUAGAUACUAUAUUUUUUGAAGAACUAAAUUUUUAUCACAGUGGUUAUGGUCUUGAUUGUGACAGUAGAUAUACAGAAGCAGUAGAAGAUAUACUUAAGUCUCCAUGUUCCACACGCGUGAAAAAGUUGUGUGUGAUGAUAUGUAUUUUACUCAGUAAUAGAGAUCCUCGCAGUUCUUCAAGAAAAGACAUAUCGGGAGAGGAUUGUGUCCACACAUACCCGGCUGAAAAUAUUUUCAAAAAUUUUCCAGGGUUAGAACACUUGGAAGUUUAUGUAUGCAAUCCUGCUGUCUUGGGCUAUUCACUCAUUUCAUUGUUUGAACACCUGGAAAGUUUGAUUGUUGAAAUCCCUAUAAACAUAGAUGGUAGUUUCUUAAUCCAAGUUUUGCAAAAGUGUCAAAAUUUGCAAAAACUCAAAAUAUUUUCACUCCAUCGAAACGAGGAAUUAAAUUUCAACUUAUGUAAAGCGAUUUCGAGUGCUAGUUCAUUAAAAGACUUCAGGUACGAAAACCAUCGAAUCCCGCUGGAUAAGUUAAUAGAGAACUUAUGCCUCAUUAAAUCCAAAAAACUGGAACGAAUUGUACUUAUUUGUACAGAAACAGACAACUUUAGUGCUGGUCCUUUGAAACAACUUUUAGAAAUGAAUCCACAGUUGGUAUUUCUGUAUUUUUUAAUACGCAGCUGUACAGAACAAUCCGAAAGAACCAAAAGAAUGGCUCAAGACACUCUAAAUACUUACAAGAAGAAACACCCCUGCAAAGUAUUUCUGGUUUCGGACAUAAACGAAUUUGGUAGUAGAUCGGGUUACCCCAUACCUGAUGUCCAUUACUGUGAAAUGAUCAAAUCGGACAGCACCGUUGCUAGUCUAAGUGUUUUAGAAGAUUUUGACUCCUUUUAAUAAUAAAAUCGUACUUAAAACA